UAGUCAUUUGUCGUCGGAAGCUUAUUGAAGUAGGAAGUUAAAUCUUUCUAGUCGCCUUUCUUCUUUUAAUUUUUUUUUUUUUGUGAGUGAUUAAUUAAUUUACCAUUAAAAUGCAAUUAAAAGUCGUGUGUUUGACAUUAUUUGUGAGUUUUGUAUUGGCAGAUGAUUCGACAGUUUCUACCACAGAAAAAUGGAUUAAUGACCCAAAUGCUCAAUUACCUCCAACUGUCAAAUUAUGCUCGAGAAAUCUUCCAACUCAAGCUCGAAAUGCUUGCUUAAAAGAAGCAAUGGCUGAACUUUUAAGACUUUUCAAGGAAGGUUAUCCUCCAUUGGGAAUAGAGUCACUUGAUCCCUAUCGCUUGGGAAAACUUCGUUUCGAAUAUGCCGUCGGACCAUUAGCGACAAAAGUCAAUAUGAUAGAUGCCGUAGCGAAUGGAGCCAGUAACGUUCAAUUGAAAAAAGUUAAAUCAAAGAUUACCGACGACAGUUUACACAUUGAGUUGGAUGUAUUUUUCCCAAAACUUGUAACAGAAGCUGACUUUAAAGGACGUUCAGUUUUCAACGGGCAAAAAGUUAAAUCUGAUGGACAUGCCAAAGUUACUUUAUAUGACGUCUCGUGCACUUUCAAAGUCAAAGGAAAACCAAAAGAAUCCGAUCCAGCUUACAUGAAACUCACGGAAUUCGACAUGUUGAACAUCCAACUGCAAAAACUCAAACUCGAAGGAACAGGCUUCGUGCCAGAUCCAGCAGUUAAUGAACUUGCCAUUGAAUUUGUCAAUCAAAAUUGGCGACAAUUCUACACGCAUUUCAUCCCGAGUACGAAAGCUACGUGGGAACCUCUUUUCCUCGAAACGCUAAAUAAGCUUUUUGAACGUGUCCCAUUCGAUCGAAUCAUUUCCAAGGACUAAACUUGAAGUUUUUUUUUCUAUAUGUGAUUACUUUUGAGAUACAGUUUCAAUAAAAAUGUGAUUUUUUUUAUUUUCCAAGAUUGACCUGAAA